CGUGCCCGUAGUUACUAUAGGCGUCGUAUAAAAGGGGAAUUUGGACGUUUGUAUUUGUUUAUUUGGACAAGUGGUGACGUAUCCGUCCAAAUACGAUAUAAACUUCAAUUCCCAGAAUGCAAUUCAGAGAAAAACAGACGUCUUUGACACCGGAAGCGAAACCAAAUCACCCGGGUUGAGAACCUCUUAGUCUGUUUAUAUUUUGUUGAGAAGUUUUGAUUUUAUGUUGUUUAACGGCCCCAGACACAGUCCAGUGGCCUCAAAUUGAAAACCGCAAGACGGUUAGGUUCUUAUUAAACGACUCACAAAGCGACAAAACUGGCCCCUCCACUGCCUGUCACCAUGCCCGCCCUGCUGGAGAGACCAAAGCUGUCCAAUGCGAUGGCCAGAGCCCUCCACAAACACAUCAUGAGGGAGAGGGAGCGCAAGAGACAAGAGGAGGAGGAGGUGGACAAAAUGAUGGAGCAGAAGAUGAAGGAGGAGGAAGAGAGGAAGAGGACAAAAGAAAUAGAGGAGAGGAUGUCCUUGGAGGAAACCAAAGAACAGGUAAUGAAGAUGGGUGAGAAACUUCAGGGACUCCAAGAAGAGAAACACCAGCUCUUCUUACAGCUCAAGAAAGUUCUUCAUGAAGAGGAAAAGAGACGCAGAAAGGAGCAGAGUGAUAUCACAACACUGACAUCGGCCAGCUACCAACCCAGUUUGCCCAUGCAUGCAGGGCAGCACCUCCUCAGCAUUCAAGGCAGUCCAGUCAGCCACAGUCGACCUGGUGCGCUGCUUGGUGAACGGAGCAAACAGCUGUUCCCAGCUACUGUGAUUCCAACACGUCACUAUCAGACGCCUGGCUUCAGCUCGGGCUCAGCAGAACACGGGCAGUUCAGUGGGGGCCAAGGGGUCCAUGAGCCCUAUGGGGUGGCCCAGGCCCAGCAUCCCUCCACCUAUGCCCCUGGACCAUCUGUACCUGUCAGUUUUGCAAGCAGCUCUCAGAUCAGAGGUGCGUCUGCGUUUCAGGCCAUGCAGUAUCUCCCCCACCAGCAGCCCGGCUACCCCGUCCACAGUCACUUCACCUCUCAGCCUGGAUACAUCCCUGGAGCAGGAAUACCCCUUCAGAAGCAGCUGGAACAUGCCAACCAACAGUCAGGCUUUACUGACGCUGGUGCUUUGAGGCCUAUGCAUCCACCAGCCAUGCAUCCUUCUGCUCCCGGACUGCUGCCCACACCCUCAAUGGCGGUCCAGAUUCCCACUGCUAAGGCCCCGUUCCAGAGCUCUCCCCAGGGUGCUCCUCGCCACAGCUUCCUCCCCCACAGCCAGAGCGGGCAGAGGUUCUACCACCAUGGCAAGUAACUCAGUCACGUUCACCUUCACUGUCGCCAAGGUUUCCCAGCUUCCCUCUAGACUCUGGAGAACCUGUUGGAUGAGUAAUGGAUCGGCCUCGUCAACAGAUGUCAUUGGGUUGGAUUAUGCCAUAUGGUUUGAUGGGUUUUUUUUUUUUUUUUUCCUGUACAGUAUUUGGUUUUUAAGUUGUGUUUUGACUUUGUUCAUGAGUGAUCAGCAGUCCUCAUGUUUCUGUGCUUCUGUUGACAUCCAGUUUUGAUUUUUGUAUAACUUCAAAUGAUGUUAAGUUGUAAAAUAGCUUAAUAUUUUACUUAUACUGUAAAGCCAUUCUGGAGGUGCUUUAGUGCACUAAAAUGUUAAUAUCUUGUAUAAAGCCAGACUGCAUGAACCAGAGCUUAUUCUUUGUAUACUAACAUCUCAUCAUGACAACAUCAGUGGAGGGUUGAGUGUCACUGCAAAGACUUUGCUCACUAAAAAUAGCAAAAACCAGAAUAGAGGAAAAAAAAUUCAGCAACACUUGAACUGUGGUUGAAUUUAGAGUUUGUGGAUUAAAUCAACCUGUUUCUGCUAAGGUCACAAAAACACUGAUGAACACUACUGUAACAGAAACACAUUGGUUUAACCGAAACUCUAUUUCAGUGUGUUGCUCAUUUCUGGUUGAUCACAUUAGACCCAUUAGGGUUGGUUACCAAAAAUUAAAUCAAGAUGACCGUGGUCGUGACACAGUUAUGGAGGAUUUCCAGUGUUUUGCGUUGUCCUCUCAAGCAUAAAUCAGGUUUAAGUCAGUUCUGUUUUCAAACUUUUAUGUUGCAAAAUAAAACAAUAAGCAAACGCCACAUCCAACAGUUUGUGUCAUCUUUAUUUUUUUUGGCCAUGGAGACAUUCUGCACAGUUCGGACUUGCUGUUAUGAACACAAAGUAAGGAUACCAAACUGCCACAACUUGUCUGCCUCUUGAAUCAUUGCUCAAAGUUUGACAGCACGCCAAAUAAUACUCUAGUCAUUUCUCCAAACAGCUCUGUGUGAAGGCCCGGUCUGAGCUCUCUGCAAAGGGGGUUUUUUAAGAAGCGAAUGAAGUUAGAUUGAGGUUUGGCUGUAGGACUUCAAACAAAUGAGAAUUUGUGUUGUCGGAGCAGGGUUUUGUUUCUCUUUGACGCUUCACACCUUGAGACAAAAAGAAACUGAACCUGGCUGUGCCAUGUUGGUAACCUUUGUUUAACAGACAAGUUUGAGGUGAUGAAAUAAACAGCAAAAGGACAGGCUUGUUCAGAUCAACUGCCAAAAGAAAAGUGCCACACAGAAAAAGACAGAACCUAGUCGCCUAUUCAGUCCUGUACGGCACACACUCUGAACAAGCCUCAACAGAACAACGCAGAUCUAGAGUUGAAGCCCUUGAUAAAACAGGGGAACAUAUAAAAAAACAAAACAGACAUUAUCACCACUUUUCUUUCCCCUGAUGGUAGGUAGCUACUGAAUAUUUGUAGACCUACUCAGUUAUGAGUGAGAGACCUUCCUCUCGUCUUUUUACAUCUGUACGCCUGGCCUUAGAUGUGGUUUCAUUACGUGUGAAUGUACAUAUAGAUUUUUUUCCAAUUAUUUAUUAAAAUUCAUCUCUAAUUGAACCCAAAAGGAAGGUCAGAAAACAGAGUGAGGGAGAGAGAGUAUGAAAAACGAAGACAAAAAGAAAGAAAAAAGAGGGAGAAUAGCAUUGACGAGGCAAUAUCCCCUCCUUUUCCCCAGGUCCAGUGCAUCUCGUUUUGCCCCUGAAACAGAAUUACAAGGGGGGAGGAAUGAGAAGAAAAAAAAGAAAGAAAAGUCAGAAACCAGAGAGGGAAGAUACUUGAGAAAAACGAGAGAAACAUAUUUUAAUGAGACAGUGAGUGUUUUAACUGUCCUCCACAGAGGACACAUUGCACAAACAACAGCUUUAAGCAUAUUUUUUGUGGACACUUUAGUCUACAGCCCGCAGGUUGCAGGUGAGAAAGUGCAGGAAAGAAAGUGCAUAAAACAGUUUGACCCAACAGUUACAACAACGCUACAAGCCGUUUCUUAGAGGGAAAUACAGGAAGCAACUGGCUAUAUCAGGCUGUAAAUUGAAGUGCAACCCACAGGAAAAAAAAAAAAAAAA